GGGGGGGGGGUCGGUGUGGGGGGGUGGGGGGGUGUGGGGGGGUUGGUGGUGGGGUGGGUGUGGGUGUGGGGGGGUGGGUGUGGGUGUGGGUGUGGGUGUGGGUGUGGGUGUGGGUGUGGGUGUGGGUGUGGGUGUGGGCGAGUGUGGGUGAGUGUGGGUGAAUGUUAUUAACUUUUAAAUGUGGACACAGCUCGAUUGAAUGGGACUUUAAUACUGUAUUAUUUUUCUAGUGACGACGGGGUCACCUAAAGAAACAAACAACAAGUUAGCUUGUAGUUACCAGGCUAAAACUAAGUAACCGAUCAAUAUAUACUUCUAACUGCAUAUGGUGAAUAACAACAUGUAUCAGUAAUUUUUGACGAUCUUCGACGAACCCCCAAAAAAAUUCUACACCCGCCGAACCCAUGCAUAUUAAUCUCCGCCCAAGGUCCCGAUCUUUUUUUUUACAAUCUCACCCGCCUCGUAUCGCCCGUAUGCUGAACAAUACCCGUACCCGUCCGCCUCGAGUAUUUCUAAACUUUUUAUCCCCCGCCCGUCCGCCGCCAUGUGGCCUUGCGGACCCCGCGGAUCAAAACCUGUGGAUCGCAUAUAUCUGACACCCACCCAUACCCUAGAGGUUUUAUGCGUAUUUAGAAACAAAGUGAAUUACUUUGGAAAUAUAUAUAUGCUUUAAGAAUAGAAAUACCAAAUGAUGUUUUAAAAGAAUUACUUGAACAUAUGAUCAACAAAAAAUUCUUCCUGGAGAAGCACAUGUAACAUUAAUUAUUUGUCUUUGAAAUAAAUUAUUUUAUGCAAAAACUUAGUUAAUUGAUACAGUUGCAGAUUGUAUGGCAUUUCGAGCAUUAGAAGAUUAUCCUGAACGUGGAGUAUUUCUUAUUUUUAAUUAUACAUGUUAUCGUUGUACAGGUGAUGUUACAGAAAGGACAAAAUGUUCUUAUUCAACGAGAACAGCAACAAGAAAACGAUUUGAUAUACCUGAUGAUAUUAAAUCAGAAUAUGAUGCUUUAGAAAUACUUUCUAUUUUAUUGGGAUGUUUAUUUUGUUUUAUUUAG